AUGAAUUUCAAAUGCGUUGUUGCCAUAAAAACUAAAACUAAUUGCAAAUGCAAUAUUAAAAUUAAUGAAAUCUCCAAACCAUUAGAGUUACCUUCUCAAGAAGCCCAAUUUUUUGACAUUUCUCAAAUUCCUGAUCACAUUCUAUUCGAUUUCGAAAACAUAGCUGUGCUGACCAUUCCAGUACCCAAAGAAUAAACCGACGAAAUUGAACUGACCGACUCCUUCCAAUUAAAGGACUUGAAAGGCAAAUAUUACAUCCUCUUCCUCCUCUCCAAAGACAUCAAAUUCGAAGCAAACCAAUCCCAUCAGAGUCCUCUGAGACAUUACCUAAAGUCCUACAAGACCAGAACCAAGGAGAGACAGCAGAAGGCCAAAACUCAAUAGCUAAUCAACUAAUAACCUAAUUCCAUAAAAUAACAGAACUAAAAUGAACUCCUAAAGUAACAAUACGAAACCGUCAAAGAAGAGAACAAACUCCUGAAAAUGAGAGAACGAAACGACUAUUUGAACGAAUUAGAAAUUAGUCAAGCCAAAAGAAAACAAUUGCAAUAAUUUAUCUCAUAAUUAUCCGAGGAUCUAACAAAUUAGAAUGAAUCACUACAAGAAAAGCAUACCAGACUAUCCAAUGAAUUGAUUGAGUUACAGUAGAUGUUUGAUGAUCUCCAAUCACUUUCCAUAGAACAACAAUUGAAAAUCGAAUAAAUGCAUGAAAUCAUCCAAGAAAAACAGUCCUCGGCAUCCCAUUUGUAAGCCUAGAUUGAAAAUCAAGAUCAAAAUAAAUAGAUGCUCCAACUUUAUGCCAAAUAGAAGAAGGAUCUUGAAUAAGUCUUACAAUAGGUUUCCAGUUAAUAUGAAAAGGAUCUGUUGGACAAGCAAUAACAAAUUCAGAGAUUGAAAAAUGAAGAAGUCAACAUCCUGAAAGAGAAGCAGCAGAAAUUAGAAUUAGAGAAUGAAAUCUUAAAAUAGAAAAUUUAAUCAUAGGAUGAAUAAUUAGAGGGUUUGAACAAUUACAUCAAUCAAUAAAAAGUCAAAUUAAGUCUUGUAGAGUAGAAAAACUGUUAGAAUUUAAUAUUCGAGUAAUUGAAUAAUCAAUUAGAAAAAGAAAUAAUAAACAAAGAUAAAUAAAUUUAUAAAUUAUAGGAUGAUAUUGCACUUUUGUAAAGACAGUUAGGUUUCUAGUAAUUCCAUUAGAAUGAUGAAUACGAAAAAGAAAUCAGAUAGUUGAAAGAAUAAAUUGCAAAAUAACUAUUACAAAUCAAUUCUUUGGAAAGUGAAAAUACUAAAUUAAAAACUGAAAAUUUAAAAAUUGCAGUCCUUCAAUAAAAUUUAUAAUCUCUUAAGAUUUAAUACUCAAUCCCAGAUUUUCCUGAUUUAAAACCAAUAAAUUCAAAAGUAACCUAGUUUCAAUCCCAGAUAGAAAAUCAAAUGAAAGAGUUAAAUAAUUUAAGAUAAACCAUUUUUGACCUCAGUAAGAAACAUGAUGAGAAAGAGCUACACAAUUCAUAACUGAAAACUAUGAUGACUCAAAUUGUUGAAUCCAAUUAAGCCUAUAUGCCAGCAAAGGGAGAUGACUUGGAUUAGCAAAUUGCUAAUUUUAUAAACAAUAGAGUUGAUAAGGAGAAAUACAUCCCCUUACUUAAAAGACAAUCCGAUGGAGUCUAUUUAUACGGACACAAGAGAAUAUUUAUCAAAUAGGAGCAGGGUAAGAUUUUGAUAAGAAGUGGAGGAGGUUAUUUGACUAUUGAAGAGUUCCUUGGGUUAAAUGAGAGUAAGAUGAAAGAUCUGACGACUGAUGUUAUUAAAAGACAGGCAAUACAAAAAAAGACUGAAAGAAUGAAAACGAUUACUUGA